UCUGUGCUCAUUCUUUUUUGUUUCAGGAUGGAAUGGGCAACCUAAGGAUCACAGAAAAGGGUUUACGGCUAGAGGGCGAUUCUGAAUUUUUGAAACCUUUGUAUGCCAAAGAAAUCCGCUCUAGGCCGGGUAACUCCCUGUAUGUCCAAUCAGAUCGAAACGUGACUGUAAAUAUUCUGAAUGGAGAUAUGAAAGCCGUCACACAGCUCGUCACAGGAUCAGAGGCUAUAGAAGCCUACGGGAAACGUUUGGAAGUUAAGUCCAAUACUGGGAAACUACUGUUUUCUGCCGAUAAUGACGAAGUGGUUGUUGGCGCCGAUAGAUUGCGGGUACUAGGUGCCGAAGGCGCGGUUUUUCCUAAAUCCAUUGAAACGCCAUAUGUCAAGGCCGAACCCUUUCACCCUUUGAGACUGGAAUCUCCAACAAGGACCUUGAUUAUGGAGGCACCCAAAGGAGUAGAGAUCAAUGCUGAGGCCGGGAGCUUGGAAGCUUCUUGUAGAACAGAUUUACGCCUUGAGUCAAAAGACGGGGAGAUCCUUCUGCAAGCUCCGAAUGUUAAGCUUCCACAGCUACCACGUGGCUCCUACUCCUCCUCUGGUUCUCGUCAAAAGGUGUAUGAGCUCUGUGCGUGUCCUAACGGGAGACUGUUCCUUUCUCAAGCCGGGAGUGGAUCUACCUGCCAGAUAAACACGAGUGUGUGUCUAUAAAAGACUGGAGACCUUGCUCAGAGAGAUGCAGGAGCACCACCAUUACCUGACACAGGAAGCCUCAGAAGCUAUAUGUGCGUGUGUCAAUAUAUAUACUUAUAUAUAUCUGUAAAUCUAUUCAUCUCCUAAACAAGAGAUGUUUCAUGACCAGAAGCUCAGGGUGAACCUCAUGUGUCUUCCCACAGUCUACUGAACUGAUACAUGCUCCCACCAGUUCUUCACUCAAGUUGUCCUCAUACUCCCAACAGCAUAGCACCACCAAUGAAACCUAAAUACUGAAAAAGUUACAUACUCCUCAUGUUUUAUAUGUCUUUAAAUUCCAAAGGGUGACUUUUUCAAUCCAUUAAUUACUGUGUUUGAUACACUUUUUAUAUUACCUGCAUCAUAGAAACAAGUAAGAGAUACAGGACAACCGUUCUGUUUUUCCUGGAACUAUCCACAAUGGCUUAAGUAGAUCUAGGUGUGGUUUGGAAGGUGGACUCUAUUAGUGAUGUAUGUGUUGGCCCGAUAUCCGCGGGUCCUGUGGGUCGGUCAGGUACAGGCCGACCUCGCUCCCCCCUUUGCGGGUGGCA